UAUUAUUCUUUGGGCUGGAACUUUACUAUUUACUUCCAGGACAACAAUUAAAUGGCGUCUCUUGACAGAGUAAAGGUGUUAGUUUUGGGUGAUUCAGGUGUUGGGAAGUCCUCACUCGUUCAUCUGCUGUGUCAGAACCAAGUGUUGGGAAAUCCAUCAUGGACUGUAGGCUGCUCCGUGGAUGUACGGGUCCACGACUACAAGGAGGGCACUCCAGAGGAGAAGACCUACUACAUUGAAUUAUGGGAUGUUGGAGGAUCUGUGGGCAGUGCCAGCAGUCUGAAAAACACCAGAGCAGUUUUCUACAACUCUGUCAAUGGUAUUGUAUUAGUUCACGACCUGACGAACAAGAAAUCCUCCCAGAAUCUGUAUCGCUGGUCACUAGAAGCCUUGAACAAAGACUCCUCCCCAACGGGGGUAAUCGUCUCAAAUGGUGAUUAUGACAGAGAACAGUUUGCUGAUAGCUCAGUGCCUCUGCUCCUGAUCGGCACCAAGUUUGACCAGAUCCCAGAGAACAAGAGGAAUGAUGUUCUCACCAGGACAGCUUUCCUGUCUGAAGACUUCAACGCGGAGGAGAUCAACCUGGAUUGCACCAACCAAAGAUACUUUGCUGCAGGCACGUCCAACGCUGUAAAGUUGAGCAGAUUCUUUGACAAGGUCGUAGAGAAGAGAUACUUCACCAGAGACCCUAGUCAAAUGACAGGUUUCACAGAGAGGAAACGCUUCAACUUCAAAAGCGUUCACUACGACUGAGAUAGAGGUGGACAGUGCUGGGGCCUCUGGUUUCAACCUGCUUCAGUACAGUCCCUCACUCAACAAGUGUACUUUGUCUCUCUCUCUUAUGCUUUUUUUUAUCUCUGUUAAAGGCACAGUGCAGUCAAAUGUGAUUUUUCUGUGUUUUAUAUAUUUUUUCACACUGAGGUUGGAAUAAUAUUGUGAUCAUUUCCUUUUAGUGUAACAGCUGUUUGAAAACACUGAGUGAAAUUUCAGCUUGUUGUGGUGGAAUGUUUUUGGCCUGGUGACAAAUGUAGUUAAUAGACCAAUAAGAAAGUUCCAAACCUCUCUGCCAAUAAUAGCUAGUUUUCCCCUCUCCACUCAGACCACUCCCAGACAGUCCUAGCACAAUUCUUGAUUGAGAAAUAGCUUCUUAACCUCUGGAACAGUACCUUUUUCUAGUAGCAUAGAGCCAUAUCCAUUAGGUUAGAGGACAGUAUUCCUCACUUUGCCCUGUCCUGUGUGUUUGUGUGUAUAGUACAGGAGAAGGCAAAGUGUGGAAUGCUCUUCUCUGGCAUAAUGGAUAUUAGAAAAGGUACCGUUCCAGAGGUUGCCAACUUUAAACAAUCACAUUUGUUACCCAGAAAUAAUUUUGAGAACUGCUGCAUUGGAUCUAUAAUACUGUGGUCAAACCCACUUGGCACUUAUUGCAAGAGUAGGGGUGUUAACCCCAUUGUCCUGGCUAAAUUCUCAACCUGGCCCCAUUUCCAUCAUGGCCACCUAAUCGUCCCCCUCAUUCCUCAUUAGCAUAUACAGUAAGCUCAACGUAUUGGGACGGUGACACUUUUGUUGUUGUUUUGGCUCUGUACUGGAUUUGGAUGUGAAAAGGAUACAAUGAUUAUGAGGUUAAAGUGCAGACUGUCAGCUUUAAUGUGAGGGUAUUUUCAUCCAUAUUGGGUGAACCUUUUAGAUAUUAUAGCACUUUUUGGACAGUCCCUCCAUUUUAGGGAACCAAAAGUAAUUGGGACAAAUUCACUUGUGUAGUAAAAAGUGUAUUAUUUGGUCCCAUAUUCAUAGCACGCAAUGACUACAUCAAGCAUGUGACUCUAUACGUUUGU